UAAGGGCACAUCCUCGGAGCUGUGCUGAGCGCCCGGACAGAGCCCACGGGGAGGGAGAAGGCAGGGGGUGCAUAGACAGGCAGGCCAGGCCGGGAGAGAGCGAGGGCAGAGGGGCCGCAGAAGACGGGGACUUAUAGGUUCUGGAUGCCCAGGGGCCGACAGAUCGGUGCUGGGGGACUGCCAGGCGGGGCAUAAAGGGAAGAGAGGGGUGUCGUCGGAAAGGGUGUAAAGAGAAGGCUGUAAAUUGAGGGUACGGACAGAUUAGGGGCAGAUCCUAUAUAGCGGGGCACAGGACACAGCCAGGCGGGGGAUAGAUCGAGGACUGGGGUCCAGUGCAAUCAGUCCUGGGGUACAUGUCGUAGUGUACCUGCUGUCUGUUACACCACUUUCUUGGGAAGUGGCCGGCGAGGGUCUCUGGGAGCCUGGCCCCAGGGGCAUGACCAAAGUCUGAGGACUGUGAGGCAGACGGGCUCGCAGCCCAGAUGACGACAGCGGCAGCGAAGGUGCUGAAGGAGGGGGUGCUGGAGAAGCGCAGCGGGGGGCUGCUGCAGCUUUGGAAGAGGAAGCGGUGCGUGCUGACCGAGCGGGGGCUGCAGCUCUUCGAGGUCAAAGGCACCGGCGGGCGGCCCAAGGAGCUCAGCUUCGAUCGAAUCAAGGCUGUGGAGUGCGUGGAGAGCACGGAGCGGCAUAUCUAUUUCACCCUGGUGACCGAGGACGGCGGGGAGAUCGACUUCCGUUGCCCCCUCGAGGAUCCUGGCUGGAACGCACAGAUCACUCUGGGUCUGGUCAAGUUCAAGAACCAACAGGCCAUCCAGACUGUUCGAGCCCGGCAGAGUCUUGGGCCAGGGACCCUGGUGUCCUAGGCCCAGCUCCCCUCACCAUGCUCCACCUCAAUCCUGCUGUCCUUUCCGUCCGGGGAACCAUAUCAGUUUCCCAGCCCUUUCUGAAACCGGGGAGCCUGAACUGUCCCUGCUGGUCAGGAUGAAUGAAGUGGACUCAGGACUGGGCAGGAGCAGAAGGAAAGAGUUGGUCCAUGGGACUUUGCCUCUCCUGGGGAGGAGAGUGGAAUGUCAGGAAGGACUGAGAAUGAAGAUCUUGCCCCUGGAGGUCCCAGAAAUGUCACUGCCUUCUAUAGAGACACAGACGGCUCUGAAUUAUCUGUCUUCGGUUUGCUCCUUCUCCUGGGUAGUGGGAGGCCAGAAAGGCUACUGAGGGCCUCUCACUACUCUCAGAAGAACCUCUAUUCCUCAUGUGCAAUCCCAUUCUCUCAACCCAAGAGACUGUCAUCAAUCACAGUGUGGGCCACAGUGCUUACCCAGUGAAGAAGCGGAUGUUCCCUCAGUCAUGGACUGGGGCCUUCUAGGACCAUGUGCAAGAGGCAGGUGGGGCCAGCCUUAGCCUAGUGUGCCUUCAAGAGGAGCCAUGGUGACUGUCUCUGAACUCCUGCAUUUGGGGAGCAACUCCAAGGGAAUGGAACAGAUGGGGCUUAGUUCCCAAUCUUUGGGACUUGUUGCUGCUUAGGUCCUUUUGGGGGACCCUCCAUCUAGGCCCCUUCUCUGUACUCCCAUGACCUCAUACCUGUUCCCUCCCCAGCUGUGGUGUUAGGGUUCAGGGGCCUUGCCAUUACCAUUUCAUGCCAGUUACAGAAUGAAGUUGUCCCUGACAAAGGGUAGUGACAACA